AUGAGGUUCGCAAUCAUUGCCGCUUUUUUCUUUGCCUCGUUGACAGUCGCCUUUCCUGCAUCGGAUGACGCUAAUGUUAACGCUACUGAAGUGAGCGAUAUGAUGGCCGGACCUGGUGGACAUGGCCGUGGAAACGGAAAGAAUGAUCAUGGACAUGGAUGUGGAAAGGAUGAUUAUGGGCAUGGUCAUGGACAUGGAAAGGGCAAGGAUGAUUGA